UAUAGACUUUAGAACGUACAUUAUGUUAUUCUAGAAAAGAUAAAAGGCAAUAGAUAUUUAGUAACAUAUAAAGAUGCAAUUCAUUCUCCCGUUUGUUUAACAUGCUGAAAUUGUUUGAAUUAAACAGACUUUCACUGUUGUUGUUGAUUAAGAUUUCACGAUUUGUCUAAUGGUCAUAUUUGGUUGUACAAUAGAAAACUUGGACCAAACUUUCAGCAACCUUGGUAUCAUCACACCUCUCAUUAGAAGAAGCUCAUUGGAAUAAUAGCAGUUACAAAAGACUUGAAAAUUAUGUUUUCCUUUAAAUUUUCAUGAGUUUCAGUUACUUAUGUACAUAUAAUCUACUAAUGGAUUCCUCGAGAAACUUGACUCCGACACAAGUGACGGAAGUAGAAAUAUGCCGAAGCAAUUUGUUUUCGGUUUUUAGAAUGGCAAUCAAAUCGGUCAUUGACCUCUACUUUGUGAACAAACUAACUGAACAGUCAGCUGAGCUCCACAAUUUACUUGUGAUCUUCGAAAAGUUAGUGACGUUUGAUUUUAAACCAUCUCCGAGAUAUCCUACCGUUUGGUCCUUCAUCAAAAAUUGUGACUCGGUGCUUUGUAAAUUCGCCAGACAUAAGAAUGCCUCUAAUGGAUCUACAACAAAAACAAGAAGUGACGAAAAUUGCUGCGAGAUUUUCGAACAGGUUCUCUCUUUGGAUGCAAAGCAAACAACAGAUCAAUGUCGAGUCAGAACAUGGGCUAGGAUUUGCCUCAUGCAUAAGCGCUUUUCACACCACUUCAGGAUGUUCUGUGCAAGGUCAGACGAAGUUCUGAGGUGUUUCUAUGGCUCGUUGUCUAUGUUCUACCUGAGAGAUCAAAUGGCUAUCUUGUGCGACGAUCUGAUGGGCUUGAAUGCACUUGAUUUUACUUUUCAAUUGAAAGACGAGAACUAUCUCGACUACCUGUUCGUCAUUGACUAUUCGCCAUAUCUUAACUUCUCGCAAUGCCCUGAAAGCCAACAGAUUGAUGACCUUGAACUGAGUCGGCUUCGAUUGAAUGGUAAUAACAGAAGGUCCAGUGAUGUUCGGAUCAGUGAGUCAAUAGCUUCCGAGGAUAUUUCUCAGCCAGAUUAUGAAGAUGAUAGCUUGUUGGAUCCCGAAACUUUCUUCGGGCCUGACAGUGGAAAUGACGGAGCAUCUGGUGGUAUGCAAAAUGUGCCACUAGGCAUCAAUUUGAGGCUGCAUGGUGAUCAGGGGUCCCCAACAAUUGCGAAUGAUGAGUUACAUAGGUCGAAAACUGUAAGAGUUCAUAGUCCGCACCCUCCGUCCAACAAUGGAUCAGGCGCGAUAUCUCGAAGCGUCUCAGCUAUUUCAUUGAACUCUAGUGUGUUUGCUGAUCUCGUGAACCAAAAGAGUUUCCUGGAAGAAAUGCUAUCUCAGAAGACAAACCAAGUUGAGAUUCUGAAAGCAGAGAACGAAAGAUUGAAGCACGUAAUCAAAAUGGCGGAAAGUAGUGCAAGUAAUGAACGCCAUGACUACGAAGCAAUAAUUUUGGAGCUUCAAGAACAAAUUAGUCAGAUGCAUUGUAAUAACAGUAAGGCGAUGAAUCAAACCCCUCCUGCGAAUAUAAACAGUGCUAGUAAAAAUAGAUUAAGUAAUGGUGCUAAAUUUGAUGCAGUAGUAAUUAAGGAAAAUGGACAUAGCUCAAAGCAAAGCAGUUCAGCUACUGCCAAUCAAAAUACGAGUGUACCUUCAAAAGCAAAAGCCGCUCAUCCACUUUAGAAAUGUAUAUUUUAUUAUCACCGAGUACAGUAUUCUUAGUCUAUCUUUUCCAUUGUUCACUGUAGUUUAGUGUUCUUCAUUUAAAGUGAUGAUCUUUCAAAUUUGACCUAUAUCAUUG